AUCGUUUUGUGCGCCCGGCGCCAAGCAGAUUUGUGGGCUCCCAUGGGGCAAGGUGCAGGGGGGCGGUAUGGUCAGUCUGCAGCGUGCAGGGCGGGCUGGGGGCAGUUGAGGCACAGCGUGGCGGGAGCAGCCCAGCAGGAGGGCUCUGGUUACAAACCUGCAGCUGCCAGGCGCACACUGGCCUGUGCUGCCGGUGGGCCCCUUCCCCUUGAGGGCGGGUCCGCACCACACUGCCCCCCGUGCCCAGUGCCCCACGCUUAUGUUCCCCGCCCAUAGACCUCCCCACUGCCCACCACCUUCCUCACAGCCCCACCAUCACAGCUGCACACCACCCCGUGUUCGUGAGGGCAUUCUGCACCAAAAGAUUAAACAUUCUGCACACGGUGUUUUAAAAUUCUGCAUAUUUUAUCUGUUAAUAAAUGUAGAGGCUUCAACAUGGAAAUGGGGAGCACAGGACACUGGUUGAAUAGAGGUGGGAAAAUACCCUGCAGCCUCCCCCACGCCACUGAGACAGUGACUUGGCAGUGGGGCUGCACCCAACCUUGACACAUCCCAUGCCCCUUCCCCACUGCUCCAUCUCCUCAUCCCAUCCCCUUCCUUUCCCACUGUUUCUUUCCCCCUAACCCCAGCCUGCCCUGCCCUGCCCUUCCCCACCAGUGGCACUUACUGUUGUACAGAAAACAGGAUGGCUCCCAGCACACAGAAGAGGAGCUCAACUAGCACUAGGACCUAGAAAGUGUCAUCUUCUGAGCAGCACCCUCUUUUUUUCAGCUGAGCAGCUCUGUGCUUGCAGAAAGUGCUGGAGGCAGUGAGAAGCAGGAUUGCGGGAAAGCUUCUAGUCCAGAGAUCGUGCUGGAUUUCUGAAAAAUGGACCGGAAUCCUUCACCCCCUUCUAGUGACGCUGAGGACGAGCAGGCUGCAGGGGAUUCUAUUGGGAACACAGUCUACAGCAAGCAUUGGCUGUUCAGUAUCCUUACAAAACUGAUUGAGGUCAUUAGUCCUGAAAAGAGUGAUUCCAACUCGAACCAUGAGGAAGUACAGACAGAGCUAGAUGAAGAAAUGGAGAAUGACAUUUGUAAAAUGUGGGACAUGUCAAUGGACGAGGAUGUUGCAUUAUUUCUCCAAGAAUUUAAUGCCCCGGAUAUAUUUAUGGGAGUGUUUGCCAAGUCUAAGUGUCCUCGACUUAUUGAAAUCUGUGUGGGAAUAUUGGGUAAUAUGGCCUGUUUUCAAGACAUAUGCAUGUCUAUUAGCAAAGAUGACAAUCUUGGACAAAUGUUGUUGCAACAUUUGUGUGAUUCGGACUCUCCUACUCUGCUGGAAACAAGCAGGUUGUUGUUAACUUGCCUCUCCCAAGCUGAGGUGGCCAACAUCUGGGUUGAAAGAAUCCGAGAAAACCCAUCCGUGUAUGACUGUGUUUGUUUUAUCAUGUCAAGCUCUACAAAUGUUGAACUGCUGGUUAAAGUGGGCGAGGUGGUGGACAAGCUCUUUGACCUGGAUGAAGAACUAAUGUUAAAUUGGAUUAAAAAUGGCUCUUGUCAAUCGGUGGGACAGUCUACAGAUGAUUCCCCAGAAGAACGUCCAGAUUUUAAGAUUGUACCUUGUGUACUUGAAGCAGCAAAACAAGUCCGCUCAGAUAAUCCAGAGGGGCUUGAUGUUUAUAUGCAUAUCUUGCAGCUCCUAACCACAGUGGAUGAGGGCAUUCAGGCUAUUGUGCAGUCUCCUGAUGGAGGAAAAGAGACUUGGACUUUACUUUAUGGUUUGGUUUGCCAUGAACUUUGCCAGCCAGAUGAUCCACCGAUCAUCAUUCAAGAGCAGAAGAGUGUAUUGGCCUCUAUUUUGUCUGUACUGUCUGCCAUGUUUGCUUCACAGGUACAACAGGAAUAUGUCAAGAGGAGAAAAAAUAUGCCUCUGAUUGGGAGCUUGAUUCGAAUCUUACAAAACAUGGAGGACUGUGGGAAGAGAUCUUUUGAUAACGCAAAGAAAUCCCAACCAGAGGAGACUGAGAAGUCGGGAACAGUUGAGGAAGACUUCCAUCUGAAAAUCUUGAAGGAUAUCUGUUGUGAAUUGCUUUCCAAUAUGCUUCAAGAAUUGACUAAGGAAAACAUAUUGGAGGGAUUGAACCAGGGGCAUCUAAAUGAACAGAAAUGUUCCUGUGCGUUUCAGAAUCUUUUACCACUAUAUUUCACUUCUGUGGAAAGUUUCCUUGAAGCGCUGCGUGAGGCUGAUCAGAUGCUUGCUGACAGUCUAGAAAAACGUUUCCCAAGCCUGAGGCUCCAGACAUAAGAAAGUACAUGGAAUAUUUUCUUCCUAUGGAAUGAGGAUUUUGACUGUUUCUUUGCAGUAUUUUAGUAAUCAACAUGUCAGUAAACUCAGACAAAUGAGUUAACCCCCUUACCUACAGAUGGUAUUUAAGAAAUUCCACAGAUAUUCCUGGUUAAUCUUGGAUUAACCUGAUCUGGGAUGGGGAAGGAAAUAAACUCACUUGAAGUCAGUUCUUCAUCCUGAAGUCUUGUCGGCUUUUGUGAUCAGAGGCUUUUGAUUUCUAGCUGCUUAUUUGGUAUACAAAGCAGAACUGUAAAUAUACUUUUGUGUUUUAAGAACCUGUGAUCUUGUGCUUUUCAUCUGUUGAAACAAUGAAAUGUACUGAAUCUUUUAAAAUGCUAGUGACUCUCUUAAAUUGUUCUUGGUAGGAAGGUUAGUCAAUAAGAAAUCUUAAAUAUCGUCUACCUAAGCAAUCAUUAAUUUCUUCAAUCACCUCAGAAAAGCAGUUCUAUCACACUGACUUGCCUUGUUUUGGAAGAUGUCAGCUCCAACACAGUUUAAAAUGAAUUACUUUCAGGCUACACUGCAACUUCUGCUUGUUGUAGUCAAGUCGUCUGACUCAGAGUUAUAGAGUAGAUCUGGAUUUAAUCUCUUGCAUAUAACAAAAUGCUGCUUUUUAGAAAUGCUCUCUAUGCUUCAGUUCAGAAAAAUAGCGUGUAUCAAACAGUUCUCGUUCCUUAUUGAUGUAUAUUGUUAUGUUGAAUCAUUUUGAAUGACAUUAGAAAUGGCUUUUUAGGCUGGGAUUUUCAAAGACGCUUGAGGGAGUUAGAUAGCCCAACUCCCAUUGAAUUUCAACUCUUUCAAACUCUUCUCAAAAUCCCACUCUUCGGGUUUUUUGUAACUGCAGUACAUUUUCACAUGUUUUAUCUGGGUGCAGUGCAGCUCGUCUGCUGUGUUUGGACAUGAAAGAUACUACAACAAUAUGUUGGCUCAUGUCGUGUCUAUAAACUGGAAAAGGCAACAAGUAGACAAAAUUAAUUUGAGAUAUAAAGGAGGAUGGAACAAGUUAAUGGAGAAUAGCUCAUUAGCAUACAUACAUUCCGCAGUUAUCCAGAUUUCUGUUGGCUUCCACUUUAUUUGCCAUGAGUUACAUGUACAGGAGGUAAUUAUUGAAGAUACAGUAUCUGUAUGUGUGCUAAGUCUUUUCAUCCAAACUUCUAGUUUUCAGGGGUGGUAUUACUCAGCCUUUCCGUCAGGUAAUUGACAGCAUCUCUGUUGUUGGCAGGCGACUGAAAAGUCUGAAAACACUGACUGAAGUCACCAUAAGAAUUGCAGUCGUUUCUGGCAUUUUUUUAUAUGUUAUUGGAAGCAGUUGGUAACUGAGUGGCUGCAGGGUUUGUUUUGAAUAUUUUAUUAAAACUACAGGUUUAUAAUAAAGUAAUUUUUAAAAAGCA